AUGACCAUAGAGAACGAUUGCAGCAAAUUCAUCCAGAAAUGUCACAAGUGUAAAAUUUAUGGAGACUUGAUAAAGGUCUCUCCGAUAGAACUGAAUGCUACAACGUCGCCUUGGCCAUUCACCGCUUGGGGCAUGGAUGUCAUAGGAACAAUUGAGCCAGCUGCGUCAAACAAACACCAUUUCAUUUUUGUCGCCAUAGACGACUUCACCAAGUGGGUGGAAGCGGCAUCUUAUGCAUUAGUCACAAAGAAAGUAGUCGCAGAUUUUGUGUGCAACAACAUCAUAUGCCAAUUUAGCAUCCCAGAAUCAAUCAUAACACACAAUGUGUCUAACUUGAAUAGCCACUUGAUGAAAGAAAUGUGUGCACAGUUCCAAAUCACUCAUCGAAAUUCGACCGCAUACCAGCCACAAAUGAAUGGGGCUAUGGAAGCCGCCAACAAAAACAACAAGAAGAUCCUCAGAAAAAUGAUUGAUAACUACAAAGACUGGCAUGAGCAAUUUCCCUAUGCAUUACUGGAAUAUCGUAAUACUGCAAGGAUUUCAACUGGUGUUACACCUCAGAGAAUUUCGUGUCGUCGUAUGGUAGCUAGACUAACGCAGUGUGAGAAGUAUAUGAUGUUUCUAUAA